AUGUCCACGAUUCCGAAAUGCGUUUGGCAUUCUUUGCAGCUAUUUUCUGUUUUGCAAUUUGCAAAGUAUUACUGUAAUUGCUGCCUGGACUACUGUGGUACUGAGAAAAAUCGAAAAUUCCAUUCGCCAACAAUGUUUCUUGCACGAUUAGCUGGAGUGUUAUCAAAUGCAGCAUGGUUUAGCGCAAUACUAACGCAUUUUUUUGUUUCGUUGAAUCGCUUUUGCGCGUUUAUGUUUCCCAUACGAUAUAAUAGACUGUGGUCUGAAACGAAAGCUCUUUUGGCUGGAUGUUUUUCGUGGUCUGUCGGGAUAACUUUUUCUCUUCCUGCGCUUUUCGGCAAGUCACUUUCAUUUUUUUGUUCACUGAUAUUUCAUGAAUCGUCAGACUAUCGCUGGUCUUAUCGUCCGACACUGUGUGGCUCAAUUUUGGGAAAUGCUGAUGUCGUUGGGACGAUAGCAAUAACACUGUCGAUGGCAUGCCUCGAUCUCAUCACAUAUAUCAAAUAUCUUGCUCACCAAAAAGCGAUUAGCACAAAUAUGUUGGUGCAGACAAGUGGUGGCAUGAAAGAGCACGAUGUAAUGUUCCUCAAGCAGUCCUGUGUUUGCGGUUUAUUUUAUGUCACGUGCAUUGUUGUGUUCAAUUUCAAUUCUCACUUUUCUACCAACAAAUGGUUUCUAUUCGGAACGAGCACAAUUUACUGGAUCUUCACACAUUCGAUGGAUGGGUACAGUUGA